AUGGGGAUCAAGCUGGUGGAGAUUUUGGAUCAGGGAGUGAGAAUCGCUGCCAGAUCUUAUUCUCAUUGCCCUCAGACUAGCCGCAUGUACUACCAUCCGCCUCCGCCCAGCCAUGAAGACCACCACAACCUCCACAACUUUGGCGGCGGCGCCACCACUUCCGGCGGCGAUGCUGCGACGGCCCAGAUGCGGUGUUUUGGUCCCAAGAAGGCUGAUACCAAUGAGUUUAUUAUUCUUUUCUCUGUUUGA